AUGGUGGCGAGGUGUAGCGAUGCGAAGACGAUGUUCGGCGAUGAGACUCAGUCCGCUCUUGCGCCAUUUCUCCGGAGCAAGCACCGGGAUGCAUUUGGUGAAUCGCUUGUUAUAGCAGUCAACGAAUAUAUCGCAUCCGACCGAGCGCACAAAGAUGCGCUAAAAACCUGGGUGCUUUUUUCUUCAUUCCUGAGCGAUCGCCUUGGUGCUGCUUCUAAAACAACUGCUUUCAGCCCACUCUCAACACCCCACAUACUUUAA